UAUUGAUUAAUGACUGUCAUUGCUACUUCCAGAUGUCCACUGCUAAAGUAGUUGCUAGGUAGCAGCUAAGAAUCUAACCUCAUCUAGCUAAAACAUGACAAUGUCCAUAAAGUAUUUAAUAUUGGACGGAUGGUCAAAAUAUUUGACUAGAUGUAAAUCAGGAUGGGAGGAGACCACGGGCACAAGCUGCACAUGCCAGACUACAAGCAGUGGAAGGUAGAAGGAACACCUCUGGAGUUCACCCAGCAGAGACUGGCAGCCAGAGGACUGAAGGACCCGUGGGCCCGUAAUGAAGCAUGGAGGUUCAUGGGAGGUUUCAGUCGUCCCAUAACCCUGGGAGAUGUGUUGCUGAGGGGAUUUAAAUGGGGCUUUGCUGCCUUUGCCGUGGCUCUGGCUGUAGAGUACACUCUCUUCCCACCAAAGAAGUCUGACCACUGACACCCUGACCCACGCCAGGAAGCAUUUCCAAUGUAUUUUCUGUAUAAUAAAUGUUGAGUGAUUUGAU